UUCAGGUCACUGCCUUAACCCGUGGCGAGAAGUGAACUUGGAAGUUGAGAUUUAAUGUUUUUAUAUACUGGCUGUGAUUUUUAGCUAGUCCCGUACGAGGGGUGUUUGGCUCCCCUACGUUUUAAAGUUAUCUUGACUGAUUAAUGCUGUUUUUAUCGUCCUAGAUUAUUUCACCCUUCGCUUCUGCAUUUGAUGGAAAUACAGCGAUGCCAGGAUAAGUGAAACUAAGACAUUCUUAAUAUGAGAUAUGGAACACGUAUACCUCAUAGCUUCCGUGUUUUCCUGUGGACUUUGUAGGCUAAUGAAAAAGAUAGCUUGCUAGACACUGAUCGAAGCGCUCUGGCAUAUAAUAGUUGAAACUGUUGCAGAUUCAUUUGUAUCGCCAUGUCGGAGCGAACCCCACUGCUGCAUUACCGCCUCUCCAACAGUGUCAAUGAGUCGGAAAACCGACCCAGCCCUGCCGGGGUAGCGGCGGCGCAGUCCCCGGCCGUAUCCCGACGGAAGACUGCUAACAACCAGCCACCGAAACUAUCUACGUUCUUUGGUGUGGUUAUACCUACACUUCUUUCCAUGUUCAGUGUGGUAGUCUUCCUGAGAAUUGGCUUCGUGGUGGGCCAGGCCGGGCUGUACCAGGCCAUUGGCAUGUUCUUGGUGGCGUAUUUCAUCAUUAGCAUGACAGUGCUGUCCGUCUGCGCAAUCUCCACCAAUGGAGCGCUGGACGCCGGUGGGGCCUACUACAUGAUCAGCCGAGCCCUGGGGCCUGAGUUUGGGGGCAGCAUUGGGAUCAUGUUCUUUUUCGCCAACGUGUGCGGCAGCGCCCUCUAUGUGCUGGGCCUGGUGGAGGCUGUCAUUGCCACCUUUGGGAUUCCUGAAGAUACAACAGCAGUCGCACGGACCGCCAGUCAGGUCCUGCCCCAGGGGUACUGGUGGUCCCUGCUCUACGGGACAGUCAUACUGCUGCUGUGCCUGCUGGUCUGCCUGGUGGGCGCCCACAUCUACGCUAAGGCCACCUUCCUCAUCUUCAUCAUUGUCAUUGUGGUGCUGGCCACCAUCUUCAUCAGCUUCUUCGCAGUUAGUCCCAGGCAGGUGCUCCUCCCCCCGUCCCCGCCCAACACCUCCAGCCCCAGCAGUGCCAACUUCACUGGCUUUAAGCUGGACACACUGCUGGCCAACCUUGAGGCUGGGUACACAGUGGACUACACCACGGGAAUCCAGAUGACCUUUGCCACGGUGUUUGCUGUUAUGUUUAACGGCUGCACAGGGAUCAUGGCAGGAUCCAACAUGUCCGGAGACCUGAAAAACCCCAGCUACUCCAUCCCUCGCGGGACCAUCACAGCCGUCAUCUUCACCUUCAUCAUCUACAACCUGCUCAGUGUGCUGGUGGCCUGCUCCUGUGACCGCAUCCUGUUGCAGAGGGACUACAGCUUCCUGCGGGACAUUAACGUGUGGCACCCCUUGGUGACCAUCGGCGUGUACUCCUCCACCCUCUCCGCUGCCAUGAGCAACCUGAUCGGGGCGUCCCGCAUCCUGUACGCGCUGGCGAGGGACGACCUGUUCGGCAAAGCGCUGUCACCGGCCAAGAGGACCUCGCGUAGCGGGAACCCCUGGACCUCCGUGCUCAUUUCCUGGUUCCUCGUGCAGUUGGUGCUGUUCUCCGGGAAGCUGAACACCAUCGCCAGCAUUGUCACCAUCUUCUUCCUGCUGGUGUACGCUGCUGUGGACCUGGCCUGUUUGGCGCUCGAGUGGGCAUCCGCGCCCAACUUCAGGCCAACAUUCCGGUACUUCACCUGGCACACCUGUGUGCUGGGGAUUCUGGGAUGCGCAGUGAUGAUGUUCCUGAUCAACGCCAUCUACGCCUCGGCCAGCAUCGCCUUCAUGCUGCUGCUCCUGCUGCUCAUCCACUACCUGUCCCCCACCAGCAGCUGGGGCUACAUCAGCCAGGCCCUCAUCUUCCACCAGGUACUCACACCUGUACACACACCUGCACACAUCAGCCAGGCCCUCAUCUUCCACCAGGUACUCACACCUGUACACACACCUGCACACAUCAGCCAGGCCCUCAUCUUCCACCAGGUACUCACACCUGUACACACACCUGCACACAUCAGCCAGGCCCUCAUCUUCCACCAGGUACUCACACCUGUACACACACCUGCACACAUCAGCCAGGCCCUCAUCUUCCACCAGGUACACACACCUGUACACACACCUGCACACAUCAGCCAGGCCCUCAUCUUCCACCAGGUACUCACACCUGUACACACACCUGCACACAUCAGCCAGGCCCUCAUCUUCCACCAGGUACUCACACCUGUACACACACCUGCACACAUCAGCCAGGCCCUCAUCUUCCACCAGGUACUCAAACCUGUACACACACCUGCACACAUCAGCCAGGCCCUCAUCUUCCACCAGGUGCGUAAGUACCUGCUGAUGCUGGAUGUGAGGAAGGACCAUGUGAAGUUCUGGCGGCCCCAGGUGCUGCUGAUGGUGGCCAACCCCCGGGGCAGCACCAGCCUCAUCACCUUCAUCAACGACAUCAAGAAGAGCGGGCUCUACGUGCUGGGCCACGUGGAGCUGGGAGACCUGGACCUGCUGCCCUCCGACCCCCUGCAGUCGCGGUACGACUCGUGGCUCUCGCUGGUGGACCACCUCAACAUCAAGGCCUUCGUCAACCUGACGCUGGCCAGCUCCGUCAGGCACGGGGUCCAGCACCUGCUCUUCAUCUCCGGGCUCGGCGGGAUGAGACCCAACACCCUGGUCCUGGGUUUCUACGACGACUGUUCCCCCGAGGACAAGCUCCUGGACCCGGCGGAGGUGACGGGCAAUUCCGCGGACGCCCCCGGCCCGCCGCAGGACCCCGAGGACCAGCUGACCUUCGCCUUCCCCUCUCUGCGGGGCGGGGGGGAGGGGACGGGCAAGGGCGGGGCCAAGGCGCUGGGCCCGCAGGAGUACGUGGCGGUGAUCGCCGACGCGGUCAAGAUGCUGAAGAACGUGGCGCUGGCGCGCUACUUCUGCCGCUUCGACCGGGCGGCGGUGCUGGGGCGGCGCAGCGGGGGGGCCGGGCUCUACGUGGACGUGUGGCCGCUCAACCUGCUCCGCCCCGACAGCAGCAGCUACGUGGACACCUGCAGCCUCUUCCUGCUGCAGCUGGCCUGCGUGCUCAACAUGGUGCGGGCCUGGCGGCGCGCCCGACUCCGCCUCUUCCUGUGCGUGGAGACGGGGCGGAGCCUGCGCGGCUCGGAGGAGAAGCUGCGCCAGCUGCUGAAGGACCUGCGCAUCAAGGCCGACAUCCACACCGUGCCCUGGGACCAGGUGGCAGCGCUGCACUGGCAGCGGCAGGGCGAGGGCGGCAAGGGCGGCAGGAACGAGGAGGACGAGGGCGAGGAGAAGGGCGCGGUGGAGGAGGAGGAGGAGGACGACUACGUCAACAGCUUCCCCAGCAACACCACCCGUCUGUCGGACGAGUACCUGCACGCGGUCAACGCGCUGCUGCAGGGGCAGUCCAGCCCCCCGCCCGCCGUGCGCUUCCUCUACCUGCCCCGCCCGCCCGCCGACACCCGCCGCUACUCGGCCUACCUGCGCCAGCUGGACCUGCUGACCCGCGACCUGGGGCCCACGCUGCUCAUCCACGGGGUCACCCCCGUCAUCACCACUGACCUUUAACCUCCCCGCACUCACCUUCAACCACUCCGGCUUCAGUGGGGACAGAGAGGUGACAAAAUGGCUGUCUCUCUCUGCUCUGGGUCUGAAGGCGACAGCAGGCAGAUAUGUGCCUCUUUACCUUUUAUCCUCAUUGUUCUGGUCCCGGCGUUUUCUUAAUGCAGUUUUUAUGAAAUAAUAAAAACGCCAAAGUAACAGUAUCUUCUUACGGCAGGGAAAGUGGUUAUCAUGUUGAUGGAGUUCACUCAUGUACACUACAUUCUGUGCAGGGCGUGCUCGGGUUCGAGCCGUCCGUGGGCUUCCUGGCUCUGCGAUCUCUGUCUAGCUGAACUGCAGUACACACAAGGCCAGAAACAAGUUUUAAAAUAUCACAGCACUGUAACGUUUCCAAAAUUGUGUUUAUAUCUUAAAACAAAUAAUUGAAUAAACAAUCUUUUUUUUAAGCGUA